GACAGAGUCUUAGUAUCCAGAAAGAUGAAUUUAAUAUUCGUAGUAUCCGUAUGUUUCAUUGGUAGUACAGUAUUAUCAGCCCCGGCUUCCCAGUUGAGUCGACAAAAGAGACAGUAUGGAAACCAAUAUCAAGAAGAAAUGCAAAACGCAUACAGGGAGGCUGAACAGCGAUAUGAAGAAGAACAACAAAAUGCAUACAUAGCUGCAGAGGAACAAUAUGAACAGCAGGUUCAGGACGAGUACCAACGAGAAGUAGAUGAAUAUAACCAACAGCAACAAGCUGCCCAGGAUGCCUAUGUUCAACAAGAGGAAGAAAUGGCAAGAGAAGCAGCAGAAAGAUAUUAUGGCGGUGGUUAUCGUUAUGGUCGUAGUACAAGACAGAAACGAAGUGUUCCUCAAAAUCAGAUGUAUACAGCUUUACCGGUAGCAGUUUCUUCCCAGCAUUAUCCACAGACUUAUCCUGUUAACAUGGCAGCCCGUCAAUAUCCAUCUACAGUAGCUAGACCCGACACCUAUGUAGUUAAUUCUGGUGCCGUAGCUCACCCAUUAGUGCAGGCACCACAGGCAUACCAUGUUGUGCCUCCACAGGCUUAUUCAGUUGUUCAGACACAACAAACUUAUCCGGUUUCAUCUCCACAGCCGUAUCCAGUUUCCCAACAGCUGCCGACCUAUUCGACAGUACAACCUCAAAAAACAUAUCCAACCGUCAAACAGUAUUCUUGUUUAGAUUUUUUGGACAUGAUUUUCCGACUACUCCUUCAAGAUCGAGUUGAUGCCUUAGGGACUCAGUUACUGGCAGCUACUGUCGAAUAUAAUGACUAUUAUGACUAUGAUGACGAUUACCAAUUCGACGAUGGAAUUGCUGAUUUUAAUUGGGACACAACAGAUCAACCCACCACUGUAGAAACAUCAACAACCGUCACUAACUCAGAAACAGUAUCGACUGCUUGAUUAGUUUAAAUAUAUUUGCUGAAAUGUACCCUGUUUCAAAUUCAAACAAAUUGGCUUGCAUAACUAAAGAUAUAGAGUAGACUGUUCGUGUUUUUAUUUUUAGCUCUUUCUGGAUUAUUCACAAAUAACUUUGCUUAUCUAUUCAUUAGAUGUCCUUCCCAGCUGUAAAGUCUCCAAGAAACACACAUUAUAGCUACAUGUCUUUGUUUAUGUCAUGAUGACUCAACAAUCCAAAAUAGAGAAUACUUUCUGAACUUUUAAAACAUUGGGUUGAAAUGUUAUAUUAUAUUUGUAUCAUUUAUUUGCUUUUGUGUGCUAUAUGUAUUUUUGAAAAUAAAGGGAGGGAAUAAC